AUAGUGCUUUUUUAAUCGCCCCCUGCUUUUGUUUUUUUCUGAUUAAACGAUUUAUAACAAUGACUCACCCCUUUCAUACGCUCCGCUCUGUAUCACAAUUACACCGUGGUUGAUAUCAACAUGGAGAAACUGUUUCAGAUGAGAAACAAUUUCCUCAAGUUUCUGACAAAACAACCUGCGACUUUGGUAGUAGCGUUUCAGAACCCAACUCCUAGUCCUUGUCGAUCGCCGGCACGAAUGGUUUCGAUAAUUCCCCGGGAAGCCCGAAGGAAGCGCCGAGGCGAGAGCUUUAGCACGAGAGAGCCCACUUCUCCCAAAGUAUCGUGCAUGGGCCAAGUUCAGUGCAAGAAGAAGAGGAAGGCCCGGAAACAGAAACAGGCCCAGACCCAGACCCAGGCCCAGAAGGAUUCAACAAAAACCGUUGACUCUGUUGGUGAAUUGAAGAAGAUUGUGCUUUGGAUUCGGAAGGGAAGUGAUGAGGGGCAAAAGCAAAAGGUUUUGGAAGAGAAGAGAGUGGAAGCUCCAUCGUUGAAUACAAUGAAGAAAUUUGCCAGUGGGAGAGGAUCCUUGUAUGAUUUUGAUGUUACAAUUGCAGAAAGCUUGAAACAAAUAAGAAGGAUUGCAAUCGAUAAUAAUGGAAGAUCAAGAGUUCAGAAGUCAAGUUUUUUCUUUUCAUUUCUUUUACAUUCAUUAAGUGGAUUAAAUUUUAAGAUAUUUCUAGAGAAUGGAUUUUAUUAGUUUUUUUUUCAUAGGAAAGUAAAUACAUAAAAAUAAUACUACUUACACA